AAGAUGCAAAUAAAGAGAUGAUCUGAUAUCUGUUGUGAGUUUGUAGGGCAGUGUGUUUCUCAAUUUUUCAAAUACACUGCAACCAAUUAUCCAAUACUGACAAACACACCCUGCCAUCUCCUUUCAUAGUUAAGGGGCAGCAAACUUGAGAAGAAAGAAGUGUUCAAUAAUACAAUCAGCUGCCGCUGUAACAUAGUCAUUGUGAAGGUUCUACGAAGUGACUUUUUCCCAAACAGAAAUUUCUCGAAUAGCAGUAUUAGCUGGCAAUAACUACUGUGGUACUUCUCUCUAACGCAUUACGAAAAGUUACUUGCGAUUUGCCAACGGUUAGCUGAAUUGGAGAACUUUGACUUUGACUCGUUCAAGCCAGCGAGCCCAGUGAACCAAGGGAUCCACACUUCAUUCGUCUCCGACAUGCAUCGUCAAAAGUCGCGCGACCGCGAGCGCGAGAAGGAGAGGGAGAAGGUGUCGCAGGUUGCCAGCGUUACACGGCUAGCACCUAGCCUUGCGCAGCGGCUUCUGCAAGACUGUCAGUAUCGCGUGGACAUUGCAAUUGACACGUUCUUUGCCAACCCGCAGAUGUUCUCGCUAGACGGUGGGUAUGGGCGGAAAGCAGCAGCCCCCGUACUGGACAAGAGAAAACUGAAUGCGCUGUUCGAUACGUAUCGAGACUCAGUUGCCGAGGAUAAAAUGCAGGCAGAGGGCGUCUCUCGUUUCCUAGUAGAUGACCUUGGGAUGGACCCGGAGAGCCGCAGUGUGCUCGUACUGGCGUGGAAAUUCAAAGCUGAGACACAAUGCGAGUUCAAGCGAACAGAAUUUGUUGAAGGCAUGGCCACCCUCGGAUGUGAUUCUAUCGAAGCUUUAAAAGCCAAGGUGCCUACGCUUGAAGAUGAGGUGUCAGCACCAGACGCAUUCAAAAGUUUCUACCAUUUUACUUUUGAUUUUGGAAAGACUCCGAACCAGAAAGGAAUGGAUCUUGAGAUGGCCCUCGCCUAUUGGAAUAUUGUCCUUCGGGGAAAGUUCAAGUUCCUCGACAUGUGGUGUCAUUUUUUGCAGGCGAAUUAUAAGCGGUCAAUACCAAAGGACACAUGGAACUUGCUACUGGAUUUUUCUCGCACUAUUGACGAUGAAAUGCAGAACUAUGAUGAGGAGGGGGCCUGGCCUGUGUUGAUGGAUGAGUUUGUAGCGUGGGCACGGCCGCAAGUCAAGUCCACGGCUGUAUGACACUGGGUAUAUUUUAGCGACGUCUCUCUCUUGUCAUAUGGUGAACAUGCACUGUCCUGUAUUGUCGAAAUAGCCUAUCUAAUGUUCUGGUAUGUCUACACCGCUGUGCGAUUUGUAGUCUUCAUUUGUCUAGGUUCUGUGUCAUUGCUUGCUGCGUCAAGACCUUUGCAUUGAUUUUUUUAAACACCUCCGGUUCAAUCACUUCUUCCUGUACAUACUAUUUCUCAAGUAUCGAGAUAGAGUUGUUAUCGUGUUCAUCUGCUCCACCGCUGCAGCUCUUGUCUUUGUCUUGCACACACGAGACUGUCAUGCUGACGUAGUGGACAUAUGCCGAAAUGAUGAUGUGGCAUUUGCUCAGCUGGCAACCUGCUCUGCACGCGCAGCUUCUGCUGAUCAGCGCAGUUGCUGGUGGCGUGCUGCUUUUUUUGCAGCAGGAGAGAGAGACAUAGGUCGAUGUGGCUACUUACUUCCCUUGCUGUGCAUGGGAACUCCUGGUUUUGUUUUGGCUUCACUGGUAUAGCUAUUCAUCCGCAGCCCUAUAUAUAUUAUACGGGCGGUUGCAUGUACAUGUGUACACAAUUGUUUCUAACUUUGAUAUAAAGUAGCUGCUUUUCUUGAAUUA